AUGAGCGGACAGAAGCAUCACAUGCAUUGUCGGCUUGCAGCUAAGAACUACUGUCCAAGAUCAUAUUUAAUUGUCUGGCCAGGGCGAAUUCAGCGCUUGGCAGCUGCUUUGGCUACGCGCGCGGCCUCGGCGCGUUUUCCGUCACUUCCUCGAGAGCGAGAUUCGGAAAGACGUAAUUACGAUGUCCCAUACGGACAUGUCGCCUUUGAGCCUCAGCACCACUUCUCAUCGGCAAUUACACGGACUCCGCAAGUCAGAACUGACAAGCCGGUCGUUCUGGGUCCAACGCAUGACGCUCUUGGAGGUUCGCACACGCAGCCAGCGAAUACUGGUCUCGCGGCCUAUGGAUGGUACGUGACGACGCAGUCUCCGGGCUCAUAUGACCAAAAGUCUACGGUAUCCUUCUCACGGUACCGCUACCGCCUAUUCGGCCCAGCCUACAUUAGCAAGCACGGAGACUGUCUGGUGGCCCGUCUGCUGCCCGGUGCCCGGCUGGAGCUAUUGGGCGGUGUGGACGGCGGCGGCGCCACCGCUGUACAAACCGCAUCUUCCACCACUCCCGUCGCCACCAUGAACCGCGAACCUCCGGCAGGUCGCACCAGCGUCCGGUCCCUCAGCGCUGAGGAGGCGGCUGCGGCGGCGGCGGCGGGUCUGUUGCCCACAGGCGAUGGCGAGGACGGCCGCUGGGACGUGCAGUGCAUCUCCACCACCACGGAUGCGGAGGAGGACGAGGAGGGAGGUGGCGGCGCCGGCGACGACGGCGCGGUGGCGGAAUGUGUGCUGGUGGCGGCGUAUGUGGAGCUGGGGGGCAGUGCGUCCAGCGUUGAUCUGACGGAUGUCCAGCUACAGCCUGCCGUACACCACCGCAACGGCCACACCUACCUUUCGGUUCGCAACCUGCCACCCAGUGCCGUCAUCAUGCUGAGUGCCGACGGCGACCUCAGCCACCCAGUCAAGGUGACGCCGCCCGAGCCGCCAACGGCAGCUCCGGCGGCCGCCGGCGGGGCGGCUACAGGGAGGGAGGGCUGA